AUGAAGAGGGAGUGGGAGACGAUGAAUCUUGUUGCUCCGCUCCUCCUAGCAUCACACCUUUUCAUUGCUUCAUGUGUAAAUGCAGGCAAAGUCGUUUUGAUGGAUCCCAACAUUACUCUCUCUUUCGACGACGUGGAAGCUAGUUUCUCGCCACCAAUGAAUGCUACUGGAGAAACCGGAGUCCUUUACGUAGCUGAGCCUCUCGACGCUUGCCAAAACUUGAGGAAUAAACCGAAGCAAAGCCCUAACGGAGCUUCUCCUUUUGUGUUGAUCGUAAGAGGAGGCUGCAACUUUGGGUACAAAGUCAGAAACGCGCAGAGAAGCGGUUUCAAGGCUGCCAUUGUCCAUGACGAUGUGGACCGUGACAUCUUACUAGAAAUGGGGGGAGACUCGGACGGUAUAAAGAUCCAAGCGGUUUUUGUGACAAAAGCAGCUGGAGAAACACUAAAGAAGUACGUUGGUUUGACGGAAACGAAAGUCAUGUUGGUCCCUAGAGUAGAUGACUCGGCACUGGCACGGUCGUUGUUCGCGACCAUAGCAUUGAUCGUGUCGGUGGUUACGUUUGUUAUUCUUGCCGCUUGUGUCUACGUCUACAGGCGUUGCACAACACAUAUCAGCAUCAGCAACGCUAUAUCAUCUAAGUUACAUGGGAUGAGCCGUACAAUGGUGAAAGCAAUGCCGAGUGUUACAUUCACUCGUGUACACGGCGGAGACAGCAUGACGACAGCUUUCUCUUGCGCUAUCUGCCUCGAAGACUACACCGUUGGGGAUAAGCUCAGGGUCUUACCUUGCGGUCACAAGUUUCAUGCCGCUUGCGUAGACUCGUGGUUGAGUUCAUGGAGAACGUUUUGUCCAGUGUGUAAGCGAGAUGCGAGAACAAGCACCGAUGAGCCAUCAGAUUCGGAGAGAACACCGCUUCUCAGAUCUUCUAAUGAAUCAUCAACAUCGGUAGUGGUUAUAGACCCUCCUCCUGUGGAAUCAUCAGUUUCUUUCUCUCCAGGGCACAUGAGCUCGUCUUACAUGCAUCAACCUUUCAGGCAACAAAACUCCCCAUUGCAUUCGUCGUCGCAGAGAUCAUACAUCACCUGUAUCGGCUCUAUGCACUCACCAGGUUACUCGUCCAUAUCACCUCUCAACGCGAUCUGCAUGCCCCCAUAUCGUGCUAGCCCAAGCAACGCAUCGCCUGGUUUAGUCCAAUCAACAAAUCAUCGGUUCAGUUCAUUAUCUCCUUUCUCUUUUUCUCACUCGCUUCGAGACUGUUAA